AACGAAGAGAUUUCAAUACUCCAUAUAAACGCAUAGUCCCACGGUCAAACUGCACUGGUGGAGAUAUACCAUUGCAAUUGAAUUGAACUUAAGCAGCGACAGAAUUCUAGCCAACGACCUAGUUUCUUCAUUGAUAAAUUCACCUUCAUAUUUGCACAACUAGCUCGGUAAAAUAGCUGGUUUCCAAAUAAUUUGCCGCAACCCUAAAGUGGUUCCCUUCUGAGCUCAUCAAAAUUCACAGAAUAUAUUCGAUCAACGCAUACAAAAACAAAAGCAACUACAACACAUACUGAGGUUAUUAUUCGCGCCGUGACACAAGCAUGGACUCGCAUAACGAGAAAAGUGGUGGACCCCCUGUUGACCAGUUCAAUUCUGUAACAGGGUACCCCCCGCAAGCACCAGGCUAUUACUCCCAACAACAACAGCACCAAGGAGGAGACUACCAACAACCACCGCCAUACCCCUCACAUCCGGGCGGCGAUGGUCAUCAGCAGUACCCGGGCCAGCAGCCUCAGGGGUACGCUUACACGUACCAGCCAUCAGGGGUAGCACAACCCCCUCCCCCACCCCAACCAACCCAGUACCCGCAGCAAAACUACGGCAACAACUUUCAAGGAAACCAAGGACCCCCUCCUCAGCAACAGGGAGGAUAUCCCCCACAACCACCUGUGGUUGUGCCUGUGAUUCAGCCUCAACUGGGCCACAAGAGUUCGGUAAUCAGGUGUCCCCACUGUAGUGCACAAGUGUCCACUACUACAGAGUACAGUGUGGGAAGCGGCACCUGGCUGGCAUGUCUGGCCAUAUUCGGAAUCGGAUUCCUCUUCACCGUCAUACUCGUCAUUGGAUGCUUCUUGUUCUUCGUGUGUUGGGUUCCGUGCGUGGUGGACGAGUGCAAAGACGUCACCCACUCGUGUCCCAACUGCAAAAAAGUCAUCGCCAGAAAAGGACCCAGCUACUGCAGGUGAAGAGAAAGAAGGGCCAAAAGAGAGCAUCAAAUAUCUAUUCACAAUAAGGAAGCAGAGAGAUGAACUUAAUUAAUUCUUGAAACUGUACAGACAGAUGGCACCAUUCUAUGAGUUCCUUACCCUACCCAAUAUCAAAGUGAUACUUCUUGAGUUUAAAUGAUUAAGAGAAAAAAAUUGAUGCAGCAUAUUUUAUUCAUGUUCA